GGAGGGGAACUGAGCUCGCCGAGCUCACAGCUCCCUGGUAGCGCGAGAGACCACAAAUUUCGCCACAGUUGGGCUUCCGGUCCCAUCGACAGGAAGUGCUGCUUCUAAGAAGAGAAAGAGGUGCUCAUCAUCUGUUCACCUGGUGGGGCUGGAAGAGCGCGUUGUGUUGCCCAGCCCGGCGCCCCUCUCCGUUUCCACACCCGGCACCGGUUCCCCUUUCCAUGCCUGUGACUCCAGCAGCCGGACGACUAGGCUCCAGCAGUGGGAAGUGAUCGCACCUGGACUUCCACCCUGCUCCUCGCUCGCUUUGGCCCCGCAGGCGAGCUCAUGGCAGAGAACGGCUCCGCACCCACCGGUUCCAAGGGGCGGCGUGCUGUGGAGCUGAAGAUCGUGAUUGUGGGUGAUGGCGGCUGUGGAAAGACCUCCCUUCUGAUGGUAUACGCCAAAGGAGACUUCCCAGAGAAAUAUGCCCCGUCUGUGUUUGAGAAGUAUGUCACGACCGUCUCAUACGGAGGGAAGGAGGUCUAUUUGAACCUGUACGACACUGCAGGACAGGACGACUAUGACCGGUUAAGGCCUCUUUCCUACCAGAACGCCAACCUGGUGCUGGUUUGUUAUGACGUCACCAACCCGACAAGCUUCGAAAACGUCUUGAUUAAAUGGUACCCGGAGGUGAACCACUUCUGCAAAGGUGUGCCCAUCAUCCUGAUUGGAUGCAAGACGGACCUGAGGAAGGACAAGGAGAAGACCAGGAAACUGAAAGCCAUGGACCAGGCUCCUGUCACUUACACACAGGGCGAGGAAACGCGGCAGCAGAUCGGCGCGGAGCUCUACCUGGAGUGCUCUGCCAAGUACCGGGAGAACGUAGAAGACAUCUUCCUGGAGGCCACCAAGCGGGCGCUGGCAGCCAGCCGGAGGGCAAGGCAGAGCCGCAAGAAGAGGGCGUGCGUCCUCCUGUGACCGAGGGAAGGUACCGGAGAGCCGCGGCACCGACAUCCUUCUUCUCGCUUCCGAUGGGGAAGGAGCUCCUCACCGGCGACGUGUCACUGUGAGCCUCCGGGCUGGACUGGAACACACAGCAGGACGGGGAUAUAUUUUGUGCUGCUAAAUUACCGCACAGAGAAAUGUACUUAAUUCUUUCCUCACUAUCGGUGAGAAUGGAGUAAGAAUUAAAUGUUUUCUUUUGGGUUUUUCCAGCUAUUUCUUAUGGGCCCAUAACAUUUUCUGUAGGUUUCCCCCCCCCUUUUUUCCCUCCAUAUUCAGCAAGGACGUUUUAGAGCGUUUCCCAAAAAUGGGUGAAACGCUGAGCUUCUCUUUCGUGGUGCUAUGGAACCGUUGCGCUUCAGGUGAGAAAACAGGUCCGGCGGUCGGCUCUACAGGGACGGAGGCGCGGUACAGCUGGCCGUCGGGGGACUGAGGGUGGGGGACGCCAGAAAGUUCCGCCUGCGCGAAAGAGGAACGAGGGCAUUUCAGAACAAUGUGCAUCAGGAAGUAAGUGGAGAACUGAUGGCGGAUCGCAGUGAGUGCCUACAGGUGAGCGCAGGGCAGCGGCAGGUGAAGCGGCCAAAUAACACGGUAAUACAGUCAGACAUCAUAGUUCAUUCCCUCUUUGCAGUUCAGAAGCCCAAGCAAUCGGGGUCAUCCGGCAUUUUUCAUUCUUGUGGGAAAAUAUUUACUUACACUGUAU